AUGCCUGAGCGAGUCCGAGCUGGCUUGUGGAACCGAUCAAAGCAGCUGGAUCACUUUGAUGUCUUCCUGUCCCACACCUGGCUGACCAAAGGACGGUCCAAGUUCCUGUCCUUGGCCUUGCAGUGCGGGUGGCGCCACAUUGUUCUCAGCUGGUUCCUUGCAGUGCUCUUCGUAGAGUCCCUGGUUCUGAUGGAUCUCCUGCCUAGCCACACCCAACUGAAGGCCACGGGAACUUCUGCCUCUUUAAGAGAGAUGUCCAGAGGGGCCUUUUUUGGGAUCGAAGAUGACGUGUGA